AUGUACCACGAGGUCCCACGCAUGGGACAGUGCAGGUAUAGUAAGAAGAUAUCUAGCUUCCAGGUCUUGGGUACAGUCCGCGAUCCCGCCAAGUACACCUCACCUCACAAGAACAUUACCUACCUUCCUCUCGAGGUCACCAGCAACGAAUCGAUACAGGAACUGUUCAAACGCGUUACCGAAAUCACUGGAGGCAAACUUGACAUACUAUACAACAAUGCUGGGCGCAACUAUGUCAUACCAGCGCUCGAUUACGACGAGGACGAAUUAAUGGAUCUUUUCCAGACGAACCUCUUCUCUGUGAUGAAGAUGUGCAGCACCUUCAUACCACUAUUGGUCGAAGCAAAGGGUACAAUUGCCCAAACUGGAUCUAUUGCUGGAAUCAUGCCUUACAUCUGGGGAGCUCCGUACAACGCGUCCAAAGCCGCAUUACAUGCCUACUCCGAUACAUUGCGCGUCGAGCUUGCACCCCUCGGCGUCCGUGUCAUCACUGUUGUGACUGGCGGAGUCAUAUCCAACAUUGCGCGCAAUGACCGAAAGCUUCCACUCGGCUCGUUGAUGGCACCGCUCGCAGCCGAGUAUGAAAGGAGAUUGAAGCAUAGCCAGGAGUUGGGCAUGAACACGAGACAGUAUGCAAGCAGUUGUGUUAAGCAGGUGAUUGCUGGUGAUGGACUGCUCAGCAAGAAGAGGUGGAUAUGGGAGGGAAAGAUGAGUUGGUUGGUAUGGUUUGCGUGGACAUUUUUGCCGACUUCAGUGCUUGAUUAUUACUUCACGUCACAGUUCAACCUGAACAAGCUGAGAGGAACUGUGGGACCAGAUAAGAAGGACAGAUAAGGAAGUAGCUUUGAUCCAACCGGUUAUGCGAUGAUCAAUUUGAGUCGCGUUGCAUUAUACGUCGAGACCCAGCUGUCAUUAAUACAUACUGCGUCAUGGAA